UCAAAAAUCUGUUGAUGUCAAUGGAUUAACGUGCGCCGACGGCGAAGACGGCGAAGACGGAGGUGCGACGCGUUAGCGUCGCUCUGAAGUUGUCCGAUGGAGACGAGAUAACGUCGAAUAACAUAGCGAUGAUCGUUCCGGAAAUCUCGUCGUGUAGAGAAAGCGAAAGUCGUCGAUGUGUUUCGGUAUGAUCGAGUGUCGUUCAGAAAUUCGCGAUAAUCGUCGACGAAUUAGCGAAACGGAAACGCGACGACGAGGUGUGGAUAAGUUGCUGAUUUUCGCGCGCGAUCUAUCACGAGGCGAUCAACAUGGCGAUACGACGAUGCGACGCGAAUCGAUGAUUAACGAGGGCCGGAGCAAAGUGAGACAGUAAUUUUUCACUCAUCGUUUUCCUUUUUUAUUCCCUUUUUUUUCGUUCGACGAUUUACGGACUAUGUGAGUGCCUCCUGUCAAUGAUCGUCUUUGUUCGGUGGUGUCAAAGAAUUAUAGGAAUCCUCGUGGACCAUGGCCACUACCACGAAGAAGGAACAUGCUAGCAACGCCACGUUACGCCUCCUUGUUGUUGUCUUCUCGUUGUUCCUGAACGACCUGACAGCCGUCCAAGCGCGCGGAUUUAGACAUAGUCUUAAGCAAGCUCAGAGAAGUACGUACAGUCUGAAUAAGAGCUUAAAAAAUAGUGGUCUCUUUCCGUCCACAUUCAAUGUCGCCGCGAAAGCGGAUAUUUACGUUAACGCGACCUGCGGUGAGGAGGGUCCAGAGACUUUCUGCAAGCCCUCGGAAUCGUCGAGAUGCGCCGUCUGCGACUCCAGGAGUCCGGAUCCUGGCAAGAGGCACAAUAUCAGCAACAUCCUCGACUCGAAUCCCGGAAAAUGGUGGCAAAGUCCUACAUUAGCGAGAGGCGAUUAUUACGAAUACGUGACAAUCCUCUUGGACCUUAAACAGGUCUAUCAAGUGGAAUACGUGAUAGUGAAGUCUGCGAACUCACCGAGACCCGCGGCUUGGAUUCUGGAGAGAUCUCUGGAUGGCGAGAACUUCCAGCCAUGGCAGUAUUAUGCGCCGAGCGAUGGGGAAUGCUGGACGAGAUAUUCGGCACCGCCUGUCGCGGGUAAACCCGUUUACGUCACCGACGACGAGGUCAUAUGCACCAGCCAGUACUCCAGACAAACCCCCAUGGAGAACGGCGAGAUCCACACGCACUUGGUGAACGGUCGACCCGGGGCUCUGAAUCACAGUGCGACUCUGCAAGAAUUUACUCAGGCCAGAUUUGUGCGGCUCCGUCUUCAAAGUCUCCGACGUAACGGCGAGGCUGAUAAGAGACGUGCAUUUUAUUCAAUAAAGGAAAUCAAUAUCGGAGGACGUUGCCUGUGCUCCGGACAUGCCGCUCGAUGUCGGUACAGCGUUCAACACGGGCAUCAGGAAUGCGAAUGCGAGCGCCACACGUGCGGUGAAAGAUGCGAAAAAUGCUGCUCCAUGUACAAUCAGAUCCCGUGGAAGCCCGGCACAGCUGGCAAGGGCUUUCACUGCGAGAAGUGCAACUGCAAUGGCCAUGCAACGUCCUGCAGAUACGACCAGGAAGUGGCCGAGAGGAGAAUGUCCAUGGAUAUCCGUGGGAAAUACCGAGGCGGUGGCGUGUGUGUCAAUUGCUCGGAACAUACGACCGGUAUAAACUGUGAAAAAUGUGAGGUUGGCUACUACAGGCCGAAUGGCGUUGCACCUGAUGCAUCGGAACCCUGUUUGCCCUGCGACUGUAACAUACGUGGCAGUACAGGCUACUGCACUCCUGACGAUUCUUACACGCGUAUGGGAAAGGUAGCAGGUGCGUGCGAGUGCAAGCCGGGAUAUUCAGGAUAUAAAUGCGAUCAAUGCGCUGCCGGUUAUCGGCAAUUUCCCGAUUGCAUGCCGUGCCCUUGCGAUUCCCGCGGGAUCCUGCCGUCCCAUGAUUGCGAGGGCGAUUGUUUGUGCAAGGCGAAUGUUGCCGGGGAUUUCUGCGAUCGUUGCAAACCCGGAUACUUCGCGCUCACGAAGGAUGAUCUCGAUGGCUGCAUAUCCUGUUAUUGCUUUGGCGUAGCAGAUCGCUGUACUACUGCGAGAUUACAAUACAGCAUGAUUUCUACACUGGAGAACUGGUUGGUGACUGACAUGAACGCGUCUCGGGCAGUCGUUCCCACCUUGGACAUGGACAACGAAUGGCUAACUGUGGCAGCGUUCGACGUCGAGUAUGACAGUCCUUUCUGGCUGGCGCCACAGAUUUACACGGGGAAUCGCGUAUCCUCGUACGGCAGCAAUCUUACGUACUCCGUUACGUGGGUUGUCAUGCGAGGUGACACCAGUGGUAAACCGACCACGCAGCCCAACGUUAUCCUAGUUGGUAACAAUGGGAUGCGCAUAGCGUACGGCGAGGAACAGUACAAUGGUCAAGAAGCUGAAAUAGCGGUGCCUUUACGAGAGCAAGGCUGGUUUCAUGUGCGAAGCGACGUUCAGGACAUCCCGACCAGAUUGAGGAGAACCGAGUUUCGCGGGGAUCCUGUGACGAGGGCGCAGAUGAUGCGCGUUCUCGCCGAUCUCAAGUACCUGAUGAUAAGGGCGCGAUAUCAUUCGGAGCAAAUCGAAGGAAGUCUCCAGUCUGCUAUAUUGACGGUAGGCGAAUUAUCACCGGAUGGCGAAACCGACAAUCUGAUCGAAAUAUGCGAAUGUCCCAAGGAAUACACAGGAAUGUCCUGCGAGAACUGUGCCUGGGGAUACGUAAAGAUGCCCAUCAAUGGUUCCGAUCAUCAGGACCGUCAGAAAUGCGUGAAAUGUGACUGCAAUAGUCAUGCGGGCUCCUGCGAUCUCAUAAUGGGCGAAUGUGGGACGUGUGAACAUCAUACGGUAGGUCCAAAAUGUGAUCGUUGCGCUACAGGAUAUUACGGUAUCGCAACGAGAGGCACCAGCGAGGACUGUAAGAAAUGCGCGUGUCCACUUUUCGUUGACUCCAACAAUUUCAGUCCGAGUUGUCAGCUUGACGAUCCCACUGAUAUGAAUAGCGGAUACGUGUGCACGCAAUGUCCUGAAGGAUAUACCGGAGAUCAUUGCGAAACUUGUGAUAUAGGAUUCUACGGUAAUCCUGUGAUACCUGGCGGUACUUGCGAACGGUGUCCUUGCAACGGUGGUGCCUGCGACCAGGAAACGGGUCGAUGUUUGGAAUGCCGCGGCAAUACUGAAGGCUGGAAGUGCGAGAAGUGCAAGGAAGCGCAUUAUGGAAAUCCUCUGGAACAGAAUUGUAUGCCGUGCGACUGCUCACCCUUUGGUAGCAAUUCAGUCCAUUGCGAGCAGACAACCGGUCAGUGUCCUUGCAGGCCUUUGUUCACCGGUCGUGACUGUUCCUCGUGCAUCGAGGGCUACGGGAACGUGACCGCAGGUUGCCGAGAAUGCAACUGCGACGUGGGUGCCAUCGACGGGUUCUGCGAUUCCGUAAGCGGUGUGUGCAGGUGCGCGCCGAGCGUGGUCGGCUUCCGGUGUGAUCGCUGUAACGUGGACCACUACGGCUUGUCGGCGGAUGGCUGCAAAGGAUGUGGCUGCAACAAUUUGGGCUCCACAAGUUCUGCUUGCGACAUCGUAUCCGGACAGUGUCAAUGCAAACCGCAAGUUAUUGGCAGACAAUGCAACGAAUGUAAGACCGGUUAUUGGGGAUUGACAUCAGGAACAGGCUGCACGCCUUGCGGAUGCGAUUCUAUGGGAUCUCAUAACACAUCCUGCAGCAACGACACAGGAGAAUGCUAUUGCAAACCGGGUGUGGAUGGUUCACGCUGCGACAGUUGUUUAUCCGGAUACUAUGGAUUUUCUUUAAACGGCUGUCAAUUGUGCGAUUCAUGCGUCCGACCCGGUCACGUGUGUGACCCUGAUACCGGUCGCUGCGUGUGUCCCCGUUUGACCUACGGCGAGCACUGCGACCGGUGUAGACCAGGUGCGUGGGACUUAGUGCCGCGGAUUGGCUGCAGGCCAUGCGCCUGUACCCUGGGCGCCACAGGGUCCCAGUGUGACCAUCAGGGUCAGUGCCCCUGCAGAAUCGGCUACGACGGGCUCAGGUGCGAGAGAUGUGCCAAGGGUUACUACGGCUAUCCGAGGUGCCGGCCUUGCGGCUGCAAUUUAGCCGGCACGACGCACUGCCAUGACGGUGUCUGUGAAUGCGAUGACAAGGGACAGUGCCCGUGCAAGGAACUGGUCGUCGGACGACAAUGCAAUCAGUGCAAGGAAGGUACGUUCGGCCUUGCGAUGGACAAUGUUAAGGGAUGCACCGAAUGUUUCUGCUUCGGAAGGAGCACCUUGUGUCAGCAGGCCGGACUCAGUUGGGGUCAACGCAGAUUAACUCGGCCUCGUGUUCUUUAUAUCAACGACACAGUCAACGAUGUAAUAAUAACGAAUUUUGGCUCCACAACUGUAUUACCAGCGGUGAACGGUGGGUUAAACGUGACAAAUGGUCUCUCCGUAAUCCCUGGAUCUGAUGGUGAUGUCACAUUGCCUACAACUCUUUAUUAUAAUUAUCCUUUAUAUUGGAUACUGCCAGAUUCUUUUCUAGGCGAUAAGGUUGUCUCUUACGGAGGAUUCUUGCGCUUUAAAACCUCGACGGAAGGUGGAAUACCUCUAAGAUCGAAUCUCCGAUAUCCCGUGGUGCAGUUACAAGGCAACAAUAAAAUUGUCUUGGAAUAUUAUCUUCAUCUACCAGUAAACGAUAAUCGUUAUCAAGUCAGAUUUCACGAGUCAUUGUGGCAGCUACAAAACAGGCCAGAUUACAAAGUUUCCAGGGAGGUUCUAAUGGUUGCAUUGCAAAAUCUGCAGUACAUUCUCGUAAAAGCUUCGGACAAUGCUGAAUUUACAAGAACCACAUUGCUGGAAGCUUCUCUCGACGCCGCCGUCCUGAUGCCUACACACUCGCCACCACUGGCGACCGGAGUGGAGAUCUGCCAGUGUCCGCCGGAAUACAACGGUACGUCUUGCCAAGAUCCUAGCAUUGGCUUUUACAGGUGGUAUAAGAACACCACCGCCACGUCUACCAUCGUGAUCGAUCUUGUCGGACAAGCCAGACGCUGCCAGUGCAAUGGGAGAUCCGAGGUGUGCGACAGGGAGACGGGAUAUUGCUUGAAUUGUAAAGAAAACACAUUUGGUGCACAUUGCAACGUUUGCGCUGAUAGUUUCUACGGUCAUCCGGAAAUAGGAGGCUGCAAGCCAUGUCCAUGUCCGCAAGUCGAUAAGAGAUUUUCAAGUACCUGCGUGAUUCGUGCGAACAAUGAACCUAUUUGUCACUGCAAGCCAGGCUAUGUCGGUAGAAAAUGUGAACGUUGCGCCUAUGGCUAUUACGGCUUUCCCGACCUUCCGGACGGCAAGUGCGUUCCGUGCAAUUGCAACUUGGCAGGAAGUUUAAGUGACGGCUGCGACGGCGAGACAGGACAGUGCAAAUGCAAGAUCGGUUCUACAGGCAGAGAUUGCUCCCAAUGCACAGCAUAUCGACACGUUUACAUAAACAAUGUUUGCACUUCAUGCAAUGACAAUUGCACGGGAAUUCUGCUCGAUACUGUCGCGAUGUUGUCUGAGGAACUGGCCGGUGGAACGAGUCACAUAGCAGACGGAUAUAUUCCACCCCCGUGGGAAGAACUGUCGUAUAUCGAUUCCAACAUGACUACAUAUCUUGAGGAAUUGGAGCUGCGAACUCGUCUGCAGCAAAGAAUAAGGAACGUACCGUGGCAUGAAUAUAGAAAACUUGCACAAGAUGUUGAAACUAUGUUAAGAAAUCUGAAUAAGAAUGCGAAACAUGCCGAUACUUUAAAGACUAAAAGCGGCGAUUUGAAAAAUAAUAUUUUUACAGCAAAAAUUAUGCUUGAUAAUUUAAGAAGAGACAUAGAAGAUACAACUUCGGAACUCAAUCAAUACAGUAACGACAAUAGGAGAAUAGAAAUUAAAAAAGCCUUAAAAACUGCUAAGGCAAUCUUGAAUUAUCUAAAGUCCGUCGACAUAACCAAGAGAACUACAGAAGUGGAAAACUUCCUCGACGGUGUUACCAAAUAUGUAGCGUGGCUAAACUCUCUUCAUGACGCGACUGAGCCUUUGACGGUCGCUCAAAAUGACGCUAAAAAUUACGAGAUGAAAUUGAACGAUAUGCGAACGAUCGUAGAAAACACCAUGGAAACACUAUUCAGCUACGACAGUUUGUACAACCAUAUCAACGGGACAUUCAUCGAGGCCAAAGACCAAUGCGCUCGUAUAGGGAUAUUGCGCGAUGAAACGAAUGAAACGAUCACCGAAGGGAAGAAACUCGUCAAUGAAGCUCGCGAUCUACUUGUCGACGCAGAAAAUAACAUUCAAAAUCUCUCAGAUUCACGCGAUAAAUUAACAUACUGGACGGAGAAGCUGAGCAUGAAGGAAGAACUUUUGUAUCGACUAAAUUAUGAGUACGACGAGAAGUAUGUGGUGCCAGCAGUGCAACAUGCGAAGAAUCUAUCCAGCUACGUCGAUCAAUAUGUCAGUUUGUUCGCCAAGACACGAGAUAUUGCAGCUAGUCCCCUGAAGGCAAGUCAGGCCUACAAGAACAUUGUCGACGGUUUGCAAGCGGCGAAAAUCACUGCGCUGGCAGCCAAGGAAAUCAUCGAGGAUGUGCACAAAAAGGCUUUCCCUUCUUCGGGACAGAAAUCGUUACUGGAUAAUGCUAAGGAAGUAUUAGCUAAAUCUUCGCAACAGUGGGAAGUGGCGAAGGAACAUGGUAAACUAGUAAAAAAUGCAAACGCCAAGUUGAAUGCUCAGAAGCAAGCCGUGCUGGUAUUAAAGGAUUCGUUAAACAACACUGGAAUAAAGGACAACGAGAUAAAUGUGAAAUUGCGAGAAUUGCAAAGUAAUAGCAAAAAAUUACAUGAGGAUCUAUUAAAUAUCUUGGAAGACAACAAUGAAGUAGCAGACUCGGUAAUGAAUACGCAACGAUUGAUCGACGAUUACAAGCAAGGCAUUGCUGACAGACUGAAGCCGAAAUUGCACGAAUUGAAGCGCGAAGGCGAUUCGAAGAUAAGCCUUGCCAGUGAAAAAUUGACGGAAGCGCUGAGUAAUAUUAAGAAAGCUGAUGCGAAGCUAAUAAGUCUAUCAAACGUUGCAAUGAAACGAAAAGCUGUUUUCGAUAAAUGGAAUGACACAUUAGCCACGAAAUUGCAAAAUCUCAAAGACAAAAUUGCAGAAGCCCGAAAUACUGCCGAAGGGAUCCGCGUUUCUGUACGAUCAGUGGAAGGUAAAGAAUGCAUUCGUUCAUACAGACCAACGACGUUGCAAUCCUCGUCAACGACGUCGAUUAUAAUAACAUUCGCGCUUCCAACUGCACGCAAAGAAGGUUCCCUGUUUUACUUGCCUAGUGGAAUUAACGAUGAUUUUAUCGCUCUAGAGAUAUUUGAUAAAAAGGUACGAUUCUUAUGGAAUGUCGGUGGUGGUACAGGUAUACUAACACAUCCUGAAGUUCUUGAAAGCGGCGAUCUGCAGAAUGACAGGUCUUGGUAUCGGAUUGAAGCUGAAAGAACGCGACACACAGGCAAGCUGAACGUGCACAAGCAGUUUUCGACGUCCGGAAAGUAUCUUCCUGUCAUAAAUACGACUAAUUCUGAAUAUGGUCGUUUCGACGUCUUGCCUACAGACCGAGUAUGGAUAGGAGGUAUCCCUAAAUCGCAAAGAAGACCAACAGAGUUGAUCGCUGGUAAUGGUCUUCCGGGUUGCAUUCAUCAAGUAAUCCUCGAUGGAAAGCAUAUCGGCCUCUGGAACUUCAUCACAACAGCACCAGAUAUGGCUUGCAAAGCUUGUGUAGAAGGAGUGGAGGAUGCCAAAGAUGAUAUAGCUUACAAUUUCAAUGGAGAGGGCUAUGCUGUGAGAAACAGAGUCUCAUCUGGUCCAUAUAAUAAAUACAUGUUUGGAGUCUCGAUUAGUUUUCGAACAUACGACGAGAAUGCAUUGCUAUUUUUAGCCAUUAACAAAGAUAAUCAGCACAUCAUGAUUUCCCUGCGAGAAGGCCGAGUGAUCCUCCAUGUCGGUUACGGCGGAAAUGUGAGCAUGGAGAUGUCCUCGACUUACAAAUACAAUACUGGCAAUUGGACAAAGGUGGAUGCAUUCCGUCAGUAUCAAUUACGCAAGAACAUCGAAAAAUGCAGCCUUAGUAUCGGUGGUGACGACAAACGAAUUGGUGCGCCCACACCACAGCCCACGAAAGAAGAUAUUCCAGAUUUGGCGCAGGUCAAGUAUUACAUCGGCGGGCUGCCACCGAGCUUCCGCGCAGAAAAACUAAUGUUACCCUCGCAAGUGUCGUUCCUCGGAUGCAUGGCUAAUAUCGUAGUGCAAGAGGGUUAUGAUCCAAUGGCCGAACAAUAUUACGGAGUAGAAUCCAGUUGUGGUAAUAAACCAUUGAAAAUAGUUGGAUUUUAUGGAGAUGGAUAUCUCGAGCACUCAGCGUUUACUCUGCGCAAGAUUCAGUCUGUUCUAAGCUUCUCCUUCAGAACCAUGCAGGAUGCAGCUAUGCUUCUUCUCUCUACGUUUGAGGGCCAUGAAGACAGAUUGAGUGGUAUUCUCAAAGAAGCUAAGGACAGCUAUUACUCCGUGUGUAUUCUCAAUGGACAAGUGCAAGUUCGUUUAAAUGCUGGCCAUGGCGAGCUGGUUCUCCAAUCGAAUAAUACUUUUAACGACGGAAAAUAUCACUCGGUCACUGUCAUUAAGAAAAGAAAGGAAGUGGAGCUGAGAAUCGAUGACGCAUAUCAAACAUCAGGAAGAUUGCGCAAUAGUAUUGCGAUCAAGGCUCCCAGUUCGAACGGCGGACUUUUCUUUGGCGGAUUACCGGCGCUCAUCAAUAAUACUAAAAUGGUCGCAACUAACACGCCACUGUAUGGCGCUAUCAAGGAUGUGAUUUUCAAUGAUAUAAAUCUUCGAUUCGACGAUGCAGUUAAUUUUGAUCACGCUCUAAUCGGUCGUUCCGGGCCGAGUAUGGGAAAAGAAACGCCAAAUUACGUACCAUCAGCGUCAUUGUCUCGAGGAAUGUCCACACAACCUGAAGGAUGCCAAAAAGUGCCUUAUUAUUCGCUAGAACCAGGUGCUUUGAAAUUUGGUGAUAAACCACAUAGUCAUACGCAGCUCUAUCUCAACUUCAAGAAAUUCUGGGAAAAGAAAUAUGCGAUAGAAUUCGAUUUUAGGACGUAUUAUCCCAAUGGAUUGCUGUUUAUCACUCCGGGUCUUCGAUUGAAACACUAUUUAAUGGUGCUCAUCCGAGAUGGACAGCUUCUUUUGGUAGUGAGAAGCAAACAAAGGAAGGAAAUAAUAUUUAAGACACCAUUUAAUGACGGUAAUUGGCAUCACGUCGUUAUCAGUCACGAAGAAAGGAAACUCACCCUAUUAGUAGACACUCAGACACCGCGUGUCAUCAAAGUACCGAGAAGAAUUGGUCUCGCAUCCAUGAUGUAUAUCGGUGGUCUUCCGGAAAGCGGAACGCCUAUCCCGGAACAAGUGGUCGUCAGACUGGAGACAUUGAAGGGAUGUAUCAGAGGCCUGAAGAUCAAUGGAAAUGUUUACGACAUGGUGGGUUCCACCAGUAGAGCCUUCAAUGUCGGCCAGUGCUUCCCAAGUGUCGAGAGCGGAGCGUAUUUUCAGGGCGAGGCUUAUGCUAUUUAUCGAAACAACUUUGAGGUUGAUGGCGUGCUCGAACUUCAAUUGGAGUUCAGAACAUCGGAAGUGUCUGGCGUGUUGCUGUCGAUUACCGCACCCAGUGGUUCACCUUCUCUGUCAUUAGAACUCAAUAGCGGGAAGGUGAUCAUGUCGGGCGAUCUGGGCGACAGCAAUCCGUUAUACGUGGAGCAGGGCUUUUCUAAUCAUUACGCGAUCUGCGACAAUCGAUGGCACAGAAUCCAGGCUGUAUAUAACGAUGAGGAGCUGGCGCUCAAGGUGGACGAGCUGGACCAAAAAUACGGCUUGCCCACGAACAUUAAUUAUCAUUUAAAUACCUCUGUCUUCUCUGGCCCGUUGUAUAUAGGUGGUAUACCAGUGACUGCUCAGAAAGGCUCGCUGUUAACGCGAGACCACUUCAAUGGAUGCAUCAGGAAUGUGAUGAUAAGAGGGGAAAGGCGAGACUGGACGGACAUGGCCGAGCUGCACAACAUCCACCUGAGCUCCUGCCCGGUUCAAUGAUAGCGGGGCGUGAAGAGGAAAGACAAUUACCUCGGCGUUCAGCGCUUUUAGUUCCAAAGACUGUUCGAAGAGUCGCGUUGAACAAUUCAACAAUCGCAUCGAGAUUAACGUGCCAUAUAUUCGCAGGCGACGAGUUCUUUAAGACUUAACAAAGCCAAAAGAUGCUAAACCGUAGACCGUUAAGCUAAUCGUCGUAGCAUGAAAAUAAAAAAAGGAAAAGAGAAAAGGAGAGAAAGAGAUCGUACGCUUCAGUCUCGCCGUGACAAACAAACGAUGGCACGAAUAAUUUCGUCGUACGUACGCAGGUACGCGUAACGCGUGCAGACGGUGACAUUUUACGCGUAAAUAGAGAGAUCACUGCCAUAUAGUUUAAUUAUUCACCGUAAGCCGCAAACAAUUUGUACAUCAGUAUUUAAAAGCCAUUAUUUAUUAUCGUUAACGUAAAUCCGAUCACGAGAAUUCGUGAUCGCUGCGUCGACGAGUUAGGGAAUAGAAAAUAACGCGAUUACGUUUUGUACUUUUAUAGUUAGACAUCUACUAGAGCCCGAUAUAUUAUGUACAUUGUAGAUUUUUUAUUCGAAAGAUUUAUCGAGAAACAUGCAAGUGCCCUGUAAAAAAGAAGUGUCCUUUAAUCACGCACACAGAGAGAUGAUAUUCGAAGAAUAUUUAUAUCUAAUUUUCUCUCUCAUACAUAACACACGCACACGAUUUUUGUUAAACUGUAAUAUAUUACAUAUACACAAGGAAAAUUAACAAAUUACGAAAAUCCGCUGUUGUGUAUAAAAUAUAUAAUAUAACAAGAAAAAAAGCGCAUAGGGCUGUGUCGCUUUGAUUUAUCCUCCUUAACGCUCUAAAGAUCCCUAUAAAAUACCUCAGAAACGCAGCUUUAUGAAAUUUCACAAUGCAAUUUUCCUCCAAAACGGAAGACAAAUAUUAAACACAAAGAAUUGAAGUUCUAGAGAAUUAAAAAAAUUUUACUUUUAUUUACGAAU